AUGCGCCAAAUAAUUGACGACCUUAAAGAAUAUUGCUUAGAAGAAAUUUCAUUAGAAGGAGCUCUAGGCUGUGGCUUAGAAGAACUCUGGAUAUUUGUACAAGAUUUCUUUAAUCAACGAUUUAGUUAUGUAGAACCUUUAGAUAUACCAGCAGGCUUAUUAAAAUUUGAAACACCUGAAGUUCCUUAUGCUGAUGAUUAUUUUAAAGAAUUUUAUUGGAUAAGAUUUAUGAAAAGUGAAGAGUUAAUAUUUUUUAUUGUAAAAGAUAAGAAUGAACAAAGUGAUUUAGAUUCAACAAUAGAAAAACCUAAACUUUAUGGUAUGACUUUAAAUGAUAUAAAAAUUACUUAUGGAGAUAAAUUUCGAAUGAAAGCAACAACUAAUUAUAAAAAACGAAUUUUAUUUGGUGCAGUUGAUAUCACUCAAAAUAUACCACCAAUAGCAUAUAACAUUUUACAACAAAUUGCACGAAAGCGCAAUAUUGGUGCUACACAAGCAGAUUUAAUAAAAGUUAAUUUACCAGUUGUCGUUAAAGGAACUAUUUCCAUUAAUCAUUACAUUCUUGGAAAGUUUUCUGAUCAAACUCCUGCAUGUAAAGAAAAGGAGGAUGAAAAAUUAUCAUCAUCGGUUCACGUUCUUUCUAAUGGUGAAUCAGAGUCAACUAUGUCAAAAAGGCGCGGAAGACCAAAGGGAAGCAAAAAUAAAAAUCCUCCUGAAAAUACAAAAAAAAACACUGAUGUUAUAUCUCGCGCUAUACCAAAUCAAAGAUUAAAAAAUGCUUUUGGUAUCUCAAAUCCAUUCACCAAUCCUGACGAAGGGUAUCGUAACGAAUUUAGAAAUGCCAUUAUCAAAACUAUUAAGAUAGAAGAUGAAAAAUGGACAGAAUUUGUUAAUAUUACUUUGGAUACUAUAAACAGAAAAAAAUUCCAUCAACCUACUUCAAUUGAAUUAAUUCCUUGGAUUCAGAAAAUUACUUUAAAUGUGGUAUUACAAAUUGGACGUAAACAUUUACAAAACACAACAUCCCAAUAUUCUCAACCUAUUUCAGGAUUUACCAAACCUACUAUAGAAGAAUUACAAUCACCAUUGAAUAUUAUUCUUCCUGCUUACGAAACAAUGUGGAGAGUUUUGCUAUAUGCAAUUUUAGAAAUCAAAGUACGAAAAAUUCUCAAUCAAAAAUUACAAGAAAAAUUGAAAAAAAAGGAGAAAUCAGAAAUUUCGACUGACAAUAAAGAUUUAGAUAGCUCAAUUGAACAAUUUCUAAAAAAUCCUUCUCACACUACUUUAAAAAAUAAUCCAUUACAUUUCAUUGUAAAAGAGACAUUAAGAUUAUAUCCCGCAACCCGACAUAUACAUAGGAAAAUUGAUGACGAUAAAUAUACUAUAGAUUUAGAAACUAUUCAUCGUGACCCAAAAAGUUGGAAAAAUCCUUUACUUUUUAAUCCUGAACGAUUUAAAAACCACGUUUCUAUAUCUUCAAAAGUUAAUCCUUUUAUUCCUUUUUCCAUGGGGAAAAUGAAAUGCAUCGCUGCUGACAAGUUUGCUCCAACUCUGGCCGCUAUUCUCAUAGCUUCAGUAAUUUCUUCUAUUGAAAUUAUGGACAUUAUAGAUAAUAAAGAUGAAGGAAUCAUUGAUUAUAAUCCUGAUAUUCCUUUUAAAAAUGAUAGAAAAGCUUUCGAAAAAACAUUAUUUACUGUAAUUUCUCGAUCAUAA